CAAAAAGGACCAUUGCUGUUUGUUCUUGCAUAUUAUUUUUUUCUUGACCAAUAUUUACAUUUUGAUGAUGUAAGAGACACAGCAUGGCGAUGAUCCGAGCCCAAGGCAGUCGAAUUGUUGUGAUAUGCGGUGAUGUUUUACUGACAUUCUGCAACGGUGUUGAAGACCAAAAAAAGCUUCCAGUUAAAAAAAAUGCCAAAACCCAGGAUAAAGAUGAGGACACAAUAGAAAGGGAUUGCCCCCCACACGGUGAUGGCAAACAGAAGAUCACAACUCCCAACAACUGUGCUCUUGCAGCAGCAUUCUCAAAGUCAGGAAAUUAUUUCGCUGUUGCUGAUGACUUCAAACAACUCCAUGUGUACAAAACGGGUGUCGAAUAUGAGCUGCUAUGCACCAGGCCUAUAGCAAGGCGAGGUACAGCAGUGGCAUUCCCGGACAGUGAGGCAGAGGUUGUGGUGGCAGACAGGACGGGGGACGUGUACCAGUUCUCCAUGAAGGAAACACAGACAGACGGACAGUUAAUCCUAGGUCAUCUCUCUAUGGUGCUAGACCUGUGCUUUGUUGGGGGUGAUGAGUAUAUAGUUACAUGUGAUCGAGACGAGAAGGUGCGUAUCAGCUGCUACCCCAACUCAUACAACAUCCGCAGCUACUGCCUCUACCACACAGAGUAUGUUAGCCAGCUGCUGUACCUAGAGGACCGGGAUCUCCUUGUGUCCGGAUCUGGGGAUGACAGGUUGGCAUUCUGGGAUAUUGAUGGGAAUCUGCUGUAUGACUCGUUUGAGAGUGAUGUACAGACUGACACACACAGCGAGCCACUCGGGGUAAAGAGACUCGUGUACGAUGCAGCACUCUCUACAAUAGCUGUUCUGCGUUUUAAGUCCACAAAGAUCCAGCUGUACACCAUCAGUGGAGGGAGAGACGGUUUAUCCCUAAAGCAGCAAACAUUGGCAGCCGAUGACAGCCUUACUCUGGGUGCCCAUGAACCUUGGGAUGUGUGUUUUGACGGGGAGCAUAAUCUCUGGGUGCUGCAGGCCUGCGAAACCUGCCCUGUGAGGGCAUACACAUGUACAAAACUACAGGAUUCAAUUGUUGUGGGAGCAGGGAAGUUAGGGGCCACUCAUCAGAACAAACUUGAUAGUCUGAACUCAAAAUGGGAGUUGUUUAAAGGAUGUCAUGAGUGUGGGACGCCGACAAUAAGCUUACAGAAGCAGCGCACUCAGGAGAAUGUGCAAAAAUACCUUGAGAGGAAAGAGGAGAGGAUUCAUGCCCAGAAAAACAAACCCACCCUGCCCGCAACCCAGCAGUCUACCCAGCAACCUGACCAGCCUACCAAGCCACAAACCCUGCAACCAGUCCAACAACCCAUCCAGCCUACCAAGAAACAGAAGGUGUCCUGACACACCACAAUCAUCUCUUCUGUCAUUUCACUUUAUAGAACUGCUUCACUAACUUCUUACUCAUAAAACAUUUGUAAAUUUUUAAUCUGUCAUUGAAACUAUGAGGAACAAAAAAACAAAAGCAAUGAAUGUUUAAUAAUUGAGUUUGUCAUAAAUUUGUAUCAGUGACACUUUAAUUAUAUUACCUCAGCAACAAAACUCGUGUUACGGUACUUUUAUUUUCAUUAACUUUUAAUGAAUUUAGAUUGUUUUUGUUUGUUUGGUCAUGCAAACAAUGGCUCUGUGAAAAAUACCCACAGUGUCACUUCCAAUAUUAUGUUUUGAGGUUAAUGGCAGGUAAUACAUGUAGUUUGCUACACUCUGGCGUACACAAGAAUAAGUUCUGUGACACGGGAGAAAUGAAAGUGAGCCCCUUGUACUGCAGGGACAAUGACUGAGUGGUCACACUAGGACUAUGUACUAGAAGCCUGUAUUACCAUACAUUUAUUCCAUUUUCCACAUGUACAUUCAACAUUUAUUUGAAAAGAAAGCAAAGUUCAUACAGUAUCUGUACAUUUGAUUUUCUUUUA